AUGAGUAUGGAAGAUUAUGAUUUCCUAUUCAAGAUCGUUCUAAUCGGAAACGCCGGAGUGGGGAAGACCUGUCUGGUGCGGAGGUUUACCCAGGGUCUUUUCCCUCCUGGCCAAGGGGCCACCAUUGGGGUAGAUUUUAUGAUUAAAACGGUGGAGAUAAAAGGUGAAAAAAUAAAGCUCCAGAUAUGGGACACGGCGGGGCAGGAGAGGUUCCGUUCCAUAACUCAGAGUUAUUACCGCAGUGCCAAUGCCUUGAUAUUAACCUACGACAUUACCUGUGAGGAAUCGUUCCGGUGCCUUCCAGAAUGGCUGAGAGAGAUAGAGCAAUAUGCCAACAACGAAGUCAUCACUGUGCUUGUGGGGAACAAAAUAGACCUGGCCGAGAGAAGAGAAGUCUCCCAGCAAAGAGCUGAAGAGUUUGCAGGCUCCCAAAACAUGUAUUACCUGGAAACCUCUGCCAAAGAGUCGGACAAUGUGGAAAAACUGUUCCUGGACUUAGCGUGCCGCUUGAUCAGCGAGGCCCGGCAAAACGCGUUGGUCAACAAUGUGGACUCUUCCUUGCCCGGAGAGGGAAAGAGCAUCAGCUAUUUGAACUGCUGUAACUUUAACUAG